UUCAGAACUCGUCAGCUUCUCGCUCAGAGAGGCUUGCAUUCAUGAUUGAGGGCCUCGAACAAAGAAGCCCAACAGGCCUUGCAUGCUCGCAAGGGGUCGAGUCCACCGUUGCACCGGCCCGUUAUCAAGGCCAUGGGGCAAGCGAGUUCCAUUUGACCUCACGUGGCGAGCCCCUGUACGUUCCCAUUCCACGAUGCUACAAGUAGCACGUACCGAGGGAAGUUGCACAGGAUCAUGGAUCUUAUCCAUGGUAAUAACCGAGACUUUGGGGGCAUCAUGUAGGAUUCUUGCGGUCCUCACAGAUCGCAGCGAGUGGUGGUGGAUUUGGGUUAAAGGCACUGCAAUGUGCUCCCCGCCAUGACUACCGAGGCAGAAGUCUUUAACCCUCCCUUCCCGGCGCCGACAAGCCCUGUGUCCAAAAGAAGACCCUCUCGGGCCGCACGUCGUGAUACAACCGGCUACUUCGCCUUCUGUUACUUCCUCCUACUAGCGGCAUAUGGGCAUCUGAUGGACUGGACGUUCCCGCGUCGCCUUGCUAGCGGGCCGUCGUACACACCGAACGGACAGCCGAGGGACCCUCGGCCUUCCAUUUUAGUCGCACCAUUCCUCGUUCCACCUAAUGUCGGGUCCGGCAAAGACACCCAGAGAGGCACCCUGUGUGUGCAAGUUCUAAGGCGAGCAGGCACUGCCGACCUUGAGGACUUGGAUCAGGAGGGCCUCGUCUUCAGAGCAACGAACUCUGGAAACGGCAUGUUUCGAAUCGGGAGUGGGAAAGCCCUCCACGCCCGCGAGGAUUCCGCAUCCCCGCUCCCGUCGCGCAACCCGAGAGGCAUCGCCGGCAACGUUUCGGCGUCACAUUGGCCCGUCCGGAUACGCACACAGUCGCAGUCGCUGCCCGCUCACUCGCCCGGCUACUCGCGCAAACGGACACCUGCGCCGUUGGUGGAUAUUGUCACACAGCACACACUGGACGUCGUGCAAACACCCGUCCCAGCCAGCUUGUCGUCUGGACCCGUUCCGGCCACCUUCCUUCUCCCAUCUGUCAGCUGCGAGCACUCGCCCGGUUUCCAUACUGCAUGCUGUGCUGCCCCUGACCCUGGUCCCGCCUCUGCUACCGCCAACGAUCUCGUCGGCAGUGCCCUCCUGAGCUGUGUGUGGCCGGGGAAGGCCUUGACUCCGUGUGUUUGCGUCAGGGGGUCCUCUCGCGAGACCCAACCCGCCGUCACGAUUGCUUCCCAGCUGCGCAUCCAAUCCAUCCUCUCCCCUCCCGAGCCGCCCGACGCCGACGCGGCUGCCGGAUCACCGUCGUUCGCCCAAGAGCCCACCCCAAAAAGAAAGUUCCACGACGCCUUCGCCGCCCCGGCGCCCGAUGCGCCCAUCGACCCGGCAGAGCCGCCUGCGCCGCCCCAACGUCUUCCAGCGUUGGAACGCUUGCCCAACAUACGCCAGCCGCUGCCGCGCAGCCCAACACGCCCCACCGCGGCCGGGGCGGUCCGCACCCAGGCCCACACCGGCGCCAUAGCCGCGGCUGCCGACGAUGACCACAGGUCGCCCGUUCCAGCUCCCAUGAUGUCUGGCAGCCCCAGCAGCCCCGGUGCUGUCGACUCCAAAAAGGGAAUCAAGCGGACGCCAUUGAGGUCUAGCAUUGCCUGUCAACGCUGCCGCAAGUCCAAGAUCAAGUGCAAUAACUCGGGCGGCGUAUCCCCCUGCGAUACGUGUAUCAAAAAUGGCAAGGAGUGCACCUACCCUGAAGCCCCCCCGGCCCAGCCGAAGCGGUCCGAGCCGUCCCCCGGAAUCAAGAUGGAGCAGGGCACAGAGCGGAAACGCCAGCGGAGGAUUGAAGAUAUUGUCAGGAUGGAAGGUGCCGUCCCUGCUGCGGUCGUCGCCGAGGAUGUGCUCUCGGCCCCUUUCCUGACCGAGGCCGUCUGGAGUCAGUUGUUCGACUAUUACAGGCUGCAUUUUGCCACGGAGCUGCCGUUUCUACACCUGGCCACGUUGAAGGAGAAGCUCCGAAGCAGGUUCAGGGCGAAGCCUUCGGAUACGUCGCCCGAGAUCAACCUCGUGCUGCUGGGCAUUCUCACCCUGACGGUGCGUUUCCACCCCACGCUGGUUUCGUACAUCACCGCCUCGACGAAGAGCCCGGCAGUGUCCGGCGUUCCGAAGCCUCGGGCGGCCGGCCCGGCAUCCGAUGCGGCGAGUGCAUCCGAGUAUUAUGCCGAGGUCUUGACCAAGGCGCUCGGCGGUUUGAGGACGAGUAUGGCCAUCGCGUCGGUUGAGAGGGUCCAAGCCUUCUUGAUGCUGGGCCUCUACGAGUGGAGCCAGGCUAGGCCAAGAGUCGGGGGCAUGGCGGCCUGGAUGUAUGUUGGCGUUGCUAUCAGGAUGGCGCAGGCGCUAGGCCUGGGUGAUGGCGAUAGGGAACCCAGCAAGGCCUUCAGGCCCCGGCCCGUCAAGCCGGUUCAGACGACCAUACCGCCAGGGCAGAGGAUAAUUGCCAAAGAAAUCAGGCGACGGACCAUGUUCAGCUGCCUGAUCUUGGACCGUCUCCUGGGCUGCGGUAACGACCGCGUCUCGGCGAUCCGCUCCGAGGACUUGCAUAUCCAGCUGCCUUGCCCUGAACACUCGUUUGAUCUCUCAGAGGAGGUCUACACGGGCUUUCUGAAACCCGUCCCGGGCGAGGAAAACGAUCCCAAAAUCCGUCACAGCGUGCUCAGCCGCUUUGUCCGGCUCGUCGACCUCUGGGGCGAGAUAUCCAAAUGGUGUUUCUCGGGCGGCCGCUUCACAGAGGGACAUCCUCCGUGGACGCCCGAGACGAACUUCUUCCAGCUGCGUGGGAAGCUUGAAUCCUUCUACCGGGACCUGCCGGACCAGCACAAGUGGUCGGAUAGCAACUACUACGCACAUGAGAACCAUCAGGCCAGCAGCGUCUACGUCUCACUGCACAUGCUGGGCGCGUUGUGUAGGAUCAUGCUCCACCGCGAGUAUAUUCCGUUCAUCGCCAUCAAUUGCAACAGGCCCGUCGGGCCUCUCGACCCGCCCACGUUCCCGGAGGGCGACGAGCCGCAGGGCUUCUGGGAGGCCAGCGCCGAGGAGGUCUUCCACGCAGCCAAGGAGAUAGUUGACCUCACCGAGAUCUGCCGAGACAAACUUCCCAUGUCAUCUCUCGUUCUUUUUGCGGUAUGGCACGCCGCCUUUGUCGGCAUCUACGCCGCCCACUUCCCCCACAUGGACACCAAGGGUCACAUGCUUCCGAAGCAGGGAAUCGCCGGAGAGUUGGAUUUGAAGACGCACGGUCCGACCGGGCUGACAUACCGGAUGCUGGAAACCAAAUUCUCGCUGUACCUGAAGCUAGCAGAGACGUACGCCGACUAUUUCCGCCAGAUGGACACUUAUUACCACAUUUGCAGACGGCCCGAAUUGAUGCGCAGGGGCGGCGGCGGGCUGGAGGAGUGGAAGCAGCAAGGCUUCAAGGUGGUCAAUCACGGCGAGAUACUAGCCAUCGAGGAGGAGAAGGGCUCCUCACGCGAUAGCACCGCCGAGCCGGGCUCCUCGGUCGGCUUGGACAGCAACCACGCGGCCGACCACGCCAAAACGCCCCGAUCCACGUCCCUGUCCUUCACCCCGAUCAACACGUCGCAGCAGCCGCACCAAGCCGGCCCUCCAGACUCAGUCUCGUCCGAAGCAGCCGCCGAGGCCGCCGCGUCCACCCUCUGGCGCAUCCAGCAGCCACACAACCAUCAGCAGCCGCACAACCAUCACCACCACCACCAACAGCAAUCUCCCUCCCAGACCUCGACGAACGGCGGCGCCAUGCCCUCCCCGCAGACACAGCAGCAGCAGCAGCAGCAGCAGCAGCACAACUCGCAGCAGCAGCACAACUCGCACCCGCACCCGCAUCCGGCGUCAGCCGUGACGGCCAUGCUGAAGCUGCCGCUUUACGAGAUGCCACAGCAUAUCGAGCAGAACCAGAACAUGCCGUGGAACCUGGUGCCUGGAGGGAUCGACCACUUUGCGCACGGCACCGAUGAGUUUAUGGCGUCGGAUGACGGGAACUGGUUUCUUGGGGCAGGGAUGCCGGGGGAUGUGUGGACGGUGCCACAGGCGGUGCCGGUGCCGGUGCCGGUGCCGGUGCCGGUGCAGGGGGAAAUGUUGCAUGGGCAGGCGGCGGGGGGGGGGGUUUCCUACUAA